AUGUCGCUAUCUGCAUCUGUGGACUGGGCAGUAAUCCUGAGUCUCAUCUUUGGAGGUUGUUGCAGCAAUGCAUGGGCUCUGGAGAAAUCCGCGGCACAGAAUCGUAAUGCGGGUACUCUGAUAACUCUGGCACAGUUUGUCAUUGUUACACUGGUCGGCUUGCCCAAACAUUUGUGUUUCAAAACUCGAGACACGACGACAUCCUACUCUUCGUUUUCAGUUAGACACCUUCUCAGCAGUCCAUCUAGUGUCCUCAAGAUUCGCCUAAAGCCUCGGGCAAUCCCCAUUUCGCGAUGGAUGGUCCAGGUGAUCCUGUUCCUCCUCACGUCACUACUAAACAACGCAGCAUUCAAAUAUAGGGUCCCUAUGACCGUUCAUAUCAUCUUCCGUAGUGCCGGCCUGGUCACGAAUUUGCUUCUAGGCUGGGCGUGGGCCGGCAAACGGUACACCCGUCUUCAGGUACUCUCGGUAUUACUUGUAACCCUCGGGGUCGCCCUCACGACUAUCUCGACUCGUCCUCGAACCUCACCCACUACGUCGAGCAUCCAAGACGAGCAUAUUCAGAGAGACUAUGCUAUUGGAGUUUCAAUCCUCACCGGUGCUCUGAUUCUGUCAAGCGCCAUGGGUUUGUCUCAGGACAAGACAUACAGCCAAUAUGGCAGAGGUCACUGGGAAGAAGGAAUGUUCUACCUUCACUUUUUGUCUCUGCCCAUGUUCGCACCGCUGCUUCCCGAUAUUCAGGAGCAGGUCCAAAUUCUCAACGCCAGUCCUCCACUUGACGUACUAGGGUAUAUGCCUAGGGAAUUCAAACGUUUCAGUGCACCAAGUAUCCCGAUUUUCUGGGUCCCGGUAAUCAUCAACGUCGUCACACAACUUGUCUGUGUGUCUGGGGUCCAUCGCUUGACUGCGAAAGUUUCUUCUCUUACCGUGACACUUGUGACAGCAGUCAGAAAGGCUGUUUCACUUGUUCUCUCGGUCGUGGUCUUUGGAGGCGGACGAGGGGAUGGCUGGCUAUGGAUGGGAUCCUCACUGGUCUUUAUUGGCACACUAUUGUACACGGCUGACGGGACCAGACGUGUGCCAGAAUCAUCGAAAUCCAAAGGGCUCAAACAGGAGUAG